CCGGGUGAGGUGCGGGAACCUGCGGCUGUAGCCGCAACCCGUCCCGGAGGUGUCCUGUCGCCUGUCGCCGCCGCCGGCCCCAGCGCUACCGCUGCCUCUGCCGUCCUGCCGAGGCCAUGUUCGCUCCGGGCUUGCCCUUCCUGGUGCUCUUGGUGGCCUCGGUCCAGAGCCAUCUCGGGGUUCUGGGGCCCAAGAAUGUCUCACAGAAAGACGCCGAGUUUGAGCGGACCUACGUGGACGAGGUCAACAGCGAGCUGGUCAACAUCUACACCUUCAACCACACUGUGACCCGCAACCGGACUGAGGGCGUGCGUGUGUCUGUGAACGUCCUGAACAAGCAGAAGGGGGCGCCUUUGCUGUUUGUGGUCCGCCAGAAGGAGGCUGUGGUGUCCUUCCAGGUGCCCCUAAUCCUGCGAGGGCUCUAUCAGCGCAAGUACCUCUACCAAAAGGUGGAACGGACCCUGUGCCAGCCCCCCACCAAGAACGAGUCUGAGGUCCAGUUCUUCUACGUGGACGUGUCCACCCUGUCACUGGUCAACACCACCUAUCAGCUUCGAGUCAGCCGCAUGGAUGACUUUGUGCUCAGGACCGGGGAGCAGUUUAGCUUCAACACCACAGCAGCCCAGCCCCAGUACUUCAAGUACGAGUUCCCUGAGGGAGUGGACUCCGUGAUCGUCAAGGUGACCUCCAGCAAGGCCUUCCCCUGCUCCGUCAUCUCCAUCCAGGACGUCCUGUGUCCCGUCUAUGACCUGGACAACAACGUAGCCUUCAUUGGCAUGUACCAGACCAUGACCAAGAAAGCGGCCAUCACCGUGCAGCGCAAAGACUUCCCCAGCAACAGCUUCUACGUGGUGGUGGUGGUCAAGACUGAAGACCAGGCCUGCGGGGGUUCUUUGCCUUUCUACCCUUUUGUGGAAGAUGAACCGGUUGAUCAAGGGCACCGCCAGAAAACCCUGUCAGUGCUGGUGUCUCGAGCAGUCACAUCCGAGGCCUACGUUGGUGGGAUGCUCUUUUGCCUGGGUAUAUUCCUCUCCUUCUACUUACUGACCAUCCUCUUGGCCUGCUGGGAGAACUGGAGGCAGAAGAAGAAGACCCUGUUGGUGGCCAUGGACCGAGCCUGUCCUGAAAGUGCUUCUCUCCUUGGUCACCCUCGGGUCCUGGCCGAUUCGCUUUCUUACGAGAGCUGUAACUAUGGCUCUUUCGAGAACGGUUCCGGAUCCACCGAUGGUCCGGUGGACAGUGGUCUGGUCAACAGCGCAGGCUCCGGGGACCUGUCCUACAGUUACCAGGGGCACGACCAGUUCAAGCGGCGCCUCCCCUCUGGCCAGAUGCGGCAGCUGUGCAUUGCCAUGGACCGCUCCUUAGACUCAGCGGGCACUCGGCCACGUCUGGACUCCAUGAGCUCCGUGGAGGAGGAUGACUACGACACGCUGACCGACAUCGAUUCAGACAAGAAUGUCAUUCGCACCAAGCAAUACCUCUACGUGGCUGACCUGGCCCGGAAGGACAAGCGCGUGCUGCGGAAAAAGUACCAAAUCUACUUCUGGAACAUUGCCACCAUCGCGGUGUUCUACGCGCUCCCCGUGGUGCAGCUGGUGAUCACCUACCAGACGGUCGUGAAUGUCACGGGGAACCAGGACAUCUGCUACUACAACUUCCUCUGUGCCCACCCACUGGGCAACCUCAGCGCCUUCAACAACAUCCUCAGCAACCUGGGCUACAUCCUGCUGGGGCUGCUCUUCCUGCUCAUCAUCCUGCAGCGCGAGAUCAACCACAACCGGGCCCUGCUGCGCAACGACCUGCACGCCCUGGAGUGUGGGAUCCCCAAGCACUUCGGCCUGUUCUACGCCAUGGGCACAGCCCUGAUGAUGGAGGGGCUGCUCAGCGCGUGCUACCACGUCUGCCCCAACUACACCAACUUCCAGUUUGACACGUCCUUCAUGUACAUGAUCGCCGGGCUCUGCAUGCUGAAGCUCUACCAGAAGCGGCACCCCGACAUCAACGCCAGCGCCUACAGCGCCUACGCCUGCCUGGCCAUUGUCAUCUUCUUCUCCGUCCUGGGCGUGGUCUUUGGCAAAGGGAACACGGCCUUCUGGAUCGUCUUCUCCGUCAUCCACAUCAUUGCCACGCUGCUCCUCAGCACGCAGCUCUAUUACAUGGGCCGCUGGAAGCUGGACUCGGGGAUCUUCCGCCGCAUCCUCCACGUGCUCUACACGGACUGCAUCCGGCAGUGCAGCGGGCCCCUCUACGUGGACCGCAUGGUGCUGCUAGUCAUGGGCAACAUCAUCAACUGGUCACUGGCUGCCUACGGGCUCAUCAUGCGCCCCAAUGAUUUCGCCUCCUACCUGCUGGCCAUUGGCAUCUGCAACCUGCUUCUGUACUUCGCCUUCUACAUCAUCAUGAAGCUGCGCAGCGGAGAGAGGAUCAAGCUCAUCCCUCUGCUCUGCAUCGUGUGCACCUCCGUGGUCUGGGGCUUCGCGCUCUUCUUCUUCUUCCAGGGACUCAGCACCUGGCAGAAAACCCCCGCGGAGUCGAGAGAACACAACCGAGACUGCAUCCUCCUGGACUUCUUUGAUGACCACGACAUCUGGCACUUCCUGUCGUCCAUUGCCAUGUUCGGGUCCUUCCUGGUGUUGCUGACCCUGGACGACGACCUGGACACCGUGCAGCGGGACAAGAUCUAUGUCUUCUAGCCGGAGCCGGCCCUGUGCUUUAUUUACUUCAGGGAGCCCUGAGCUCCUCCGUGUCCUGCAGGGUACCUCUGCAGUGCCAGGGGUGUGAGUCCCAGCCCCGCUGCCCAGCACUGGAUGGCGGUGGGAUGGCACAGCCCAGGGCAGGCCCAGGCAGUCUUCAGGGGCACCGAGCUAUGCAGUUGCCUCUGCCGGGGAGAAGGCCUGCUCCCCUGGGACCCAGACAUUGGCCAAAUUGCUGCUUUCUUCUCAGUGUUGGGGCCCUCCACGGGCCCCCAUCCAUUGACUCCCCAUUUGUCCCUCUGCAGGAGGAAAGAGGGAAGGCCAUGCUCUCCUCAUUUCACGCCUUGCGACUGUCCGUCCUUCCCCUGCCUCAGCCUGGAGCCCAAAGCCCUUUCCUCCUCACUGACUCCUUCUCCAGGGCCUAGUCUGGGGCCUGACUCUGGGGCUGUGCCUGGCUGCCAUCACUGCCCACCCUGGGCAGCCAAGAUGGAUGGGGUGGAGGACUGCGGGGCUGGCCAGCUGGUGCCAGGAUUUUGGUGCUAAGGCCUGCGAGGCCCAGGGCAGGACCCUCCUCCUUCUGACUGUGUUUGGGGCAGGCUCUUUACAAGGAGGGUCAGCCCAAUUUGAGACCCGCCUUCUAAUCUCAGGGGCUGAAUUCAGAGGUCCCCUCCUCAUCUAUCAGCCCCCAGAUGCCUGAUGCCAACCCCCGGAUCAGAGGGAGAAGCGACUCACCCCUUUCCGUCCUUCCUUUGUAAGCCCUCAGUCCUGCCAAGCCCCAGCCUGGGGCCUCUCAGUGCCAUUGACACUGCCCAAGAAUGUCAGGGGGCACAGGAGGGGUAGCACACAGAACCCACCCGUCCUGCCUCCUCCACAGCCAUGGCUGCCCCGUGCCUAGCUUCUAGAGAGGCUGAAGGAGGGGACACAUCAUUUCCCUCUGUGUCCCCAUUUCCAGCGUCACUCUAGGACCGGGGGCUGGCUUCCGAGUUCCGUCCAAGUCUCAGCCAAGCUCAGUGUUCGUCACACACAGACCUCGGAAACCGUGGCGUUUACAGAGUUGGCCCCAGCUCUGGGCCCCCUCGCCGCCCUGGUCCUUGACUCCCUUCACCCCCAUGGACCAUUCCAGAUGCCAAGGAUGGGGGAGGUGGGGUCGGGGUCUGCCUCGGGGAUGGGAAUGUGUUUUAUUCUCCCAAACUUGUUUUUAUUGCUCUCCUCCGGCAGGGGAGAGGAGGCAGGUCUGGAUCUUUUUUUCAGAACUCGCGUUUUAUGCCCUUCCAUGCUACGGUUGCAUUUCUGUUUUCUACGAAUGAGUCCGCGUUCAAUAAAGAAACAGCCAGAUGCA